AUGAUGAAAACGGGACGCCGCGAGGAAGAAGAAACUGCAAGAGGGAGGCUCGAACGGAAGGAGAAGUUACGGCACCAUAGAGGGGAGGGUAGUCCCGGUGGAGCGAAGCGAUGGCGUGCUGAUCGAAAACACCAUCGGAGCGAUUCACACCAUCGGAGCGGUUCACACCAUCGGAGCGGUUCACACCAUUGGAGUGGUUCACCCCGUAGGCAUGAUUCAAGGGGGGAUUCCAACAAAAGGAGGAAGAAGAAAGGACGACGCAGUGAAUCUGGAUCCCGCGAGGAUAGCCAACCCAGAAGAGGGGAAAAGGAACGGAGGAGAAGCCGAAGCAGGAGCAGAGGUCGAAGACGACACAGUGACAAUGAACGGGAAGCUGCGCGGAAAGCCAAGGAACCCCCACAGGUGUCCUACAACGCAUUCGAUUAUUUCUCAAACGACAUUUCGAGCGAGAAAUUAUUGCCAAGUUAUAUCAUGGAGGAAAAAAACAAGUACGAAAAGGACGUCUUCGAGAAGGCAUAUGGACUGAGCCUAGGCGAUGGCAUCAUCCAGGUUGAUCAGUUUCUCUUUGACCCAAAAGAAGGUCACCAGGAGAAGGUGCAAAUGAAGAAGACGGACAGUGGCACCAAGCAAACAAGUAGGAAGAGCCACUACGAGUGUUACAGUUGUAAAGCCAAAAAUGUGUACGCAAAUGUGCAGUGCUGUAAGUGUAAAAAGUUGAGGAAGAUUUAA